GCGAACGCACGUCAUUUUUGUCGCGCGCGGUAUUUGAAACCCCUCUUUUUGAAAGAGCCAUCGAAACCCGAAACUGAAAACUGAGCCAAACGAACAACACGCACACUCGCCAACUUUGUGUGUGUUUGUGCGAGUGGCCACUAAAAGUAAUAUCGUGUUUACAAAAAAAAAAGCGGAGAAAAUACCCGUGAUACUACACAAAGGCAGCAGCACUAAAAAAAAGGGGGAAACCCCCUGGGAACAACAACUUAAUGUCCAAAUGAAAUAAGUGAAAUUUUCACACCGAAAUUAAUAAAGACAUUAGUGCGUGCGGGCGUGGCUCAUUUGGGGCAUUUAACGGAGGCCAAGAUGUGUGCAGUGGAUCCGGAUCCCUUCACCCAGCACCAGCUGCCGCACCACCAUAAAACCGAGCACCACCAAUGCCACCAGCAGCUGAGGGUGGAGCAACAGGCUCCGGGGGCGAGAAAAUCGGCCACAGGAAGGACGGCGGCCACGAGUUUGCAGAUCUGGUACAUCCUUCAUGUGAUACUAGUCCUAAUCGACAUUAGCAGCUCGCUGACAAUGACCGAGGUGAAGAUACCCAAUCACAUAAUGCGCCUGAAGAGCGCCACUCUGGGCUGUCGUUACGCCCUCGACGGGGAGUCCUUGUACUCGGUGAAGUGGUAUAAGGACGGGCACGAGAUCUACCGCUAUGUGCCACGCGAUAAGCCCCCCGGACAGGCCUUCCCCCUUCCCGGAGUCAACAUCGAUCUGCGUAACUCCUCGGACACCCAGAUCCUCCUGCGCCGCGUAACGCUGCAAAGUACUGGACUUUAUCGGUGCGAGGUGUCCGGCGAGGCGCCCGCAUUCAACACCGUUUCGGAGUCGGAGACCAUGACCGUUGUGGUGACUCCCAACCACGGACCGAAGAUAACUGGCGGGCAGCCGCGCUACCAAAUUGGAGACACCGUCCGGGUUAAUUGCACCUCGUCGCCGUCCAAGCCCGUCUGUCACCUGAGCUGGCUAAUUAACGGGGAGCCGGUGCAGAAGACCCACCUGCGGCAGUUCGACAAGGUGGUGGUGAAUCGGGAUGGACUGGAGAUGGCCCGCCUGGGGCUGGAGUUCCGGGUGCGGGCUUAUCACUUCAAGCACGGCGACAUGAAGUUGAAGUGCGUGGCCAAAAUCAGCUCACUUUAUCUGCAGAGCAACGAGGAGAGUGUGGAAAGCGAUCGCCAGCAGAGGGCACCGGCCUUGGAAUCUCGGGAGACGGUGGCAGCCAAGUCCAGCACGAUUGCUGCCGCCACCUCCAAAGUGCCAUCAAGCCUCGUUGCUCUACUGCCUCCGGUUUUCCUGCUGCUGCUGUUUCCAACUUGGACCUGGCCCAGAGACAGUUAACUAUCCCAAGAAUAAGGAUCGCAAAAAAACUAAAGCCCA